AUGGAUGCUCUACGCCAACCUAAUCUCGAUCUUAGUAAUUCUUCACCCAUUUCAUCAAUUUACACCAAAACCCCUCAAACACCAACCUCUUCAACUUUUCCCUAUAAGUACCGAUUAUCUUCUUCCAGUUUCAAUGGUUACCAUAGCAAGUGUAAAGUACCAACACCACCUCAAGCUUUACCCAAGGAAAAUUCGAAUGAAUCAGUUGAAUCCAAUAAGAAAUUGAUUGAUUCAAUCGCUAGAGGUUUGAUCAGGCUCGCUGAUGCAGUCUCUGGUUUGAUCAGAGAGACUUUUGUUGAUCCAACUUUUAAUCAUCAAGACUGGGACUCGAAAUUCCAACAAACAAUGGUGGAAAUGCAUCCACUUAGAACAGUUGAUGCCGCAUACAGUAAGAUUAAAGGAAUGCUUUCUACUCUUGAAGAUCGCUUCACUCACAUUAUCAGUCCAAAGGAAUACCAAAGUUUUAGAAUUGGAAGUGAUGGAAACGUACAAGGAGUUGGACUAUUUGUGAAUACUGAACCAGAAACCGGUCAUCUAGUUUUAUUGUUCUGUGUUGAGGGUAGCCCAGCUGCUAGAGCUGGAAUACAUGUAGGAGAUGAGUUGAUUGAAAUAAAUGGAGAGAGGGUUAAAGGGAUUAGUGGUGAAGCUGCUGCACAAAAGCUUAGAGGUUAUGUUGGGACAAGUGUUACAUUCAAAGUGCACAAUAAAUUUGUGCAUGUUCAUAUUUCUGAUCUACAUGGAAAAAAGUUGGCCAUUGACUCUAGUUUUAGAGAGGUGAAACUACCCCGGGAAUUCAUCAGACUUUCUCCUAUAUUAAGUGUCAUCAUUCCUCAUAGAACACCAAAUGGUCAUGUAUCCAAAACCGGAUAUGUAAAGCUAUUAGCCUUCUCCCAGAGUGCUGCUACAGAUAUGAAACACGCCAUUCAUGAAUUUGAAAAUCAGGGUGUUGAAUCUUACAUUUUGGAUCUCUGA